CCAGAGCUGGCAGGGCACCACCCACUCACUGACCACUGACCGCUGACCGCUGACUGUGACAGACGUGAACCUUACGACUCAGCUUCCCGACAGAGGGGUCAAUCUUGAGGGUCCAACAACUCCUUCCUGCCCACCGUGGUCCCGUCCUCUCAGGAUGAUUCCCAAGGAACAGCAGGAUCCAGCGAUGACCGUUAUGGGCGACAUCAUGGGGCCAGAACCUUCUCUGGACCUGGGGAAGAAGGUGAGUGUGCCCCAGGACCUGAUGAUAGAAGAGCUGUCACUGCGCAACAACCGGGGAUCUCUGCUCUUCCAGAAGAGGCAGCGCCGGGUGCAGAGGUUCACGUUUGAGCUUGCAGCCAGCCAGCAGGCGAUCCCGGCCAGAAGCACCAAGGGGAAGGUGACCGAAGCGUCGGCGCCCCAGACGGUGAGCGCAGAGGGGACCCGCGGGGGCUCAGCUCCACGCCGCUACCCGCCGUCCCUGAUAUCUGAACCCGGUGCCCAGGUCGCCAACUGCCCGGAGGGGCAGAACUACCGUUCGGAGCUGCACGUCCUCCCGGCCUCGUCCGGGGACCCAGGGGACGCCCGCCCCGCAGCCGCCCGCAAGGACCGCGCGCGGAGCCCCAGCGCCCUGGCGCCAGGCUACGCCGAGCCCCUGAAGAGCGUCCCGCCGGAGAAGUUCAACCACACCGCCGUCCCCAAGGGCUACCGCUGCCCGUGGCAGGAGUUCGUCAGCUACCGAGACUACUCGUGCGACGGCCGGAGCCACACCCCCAGCCUCGGAGACUGCCGCAAUUUCAAUAAGACCCCGGUGCCAUUUGGAAGACCCUUCAUGGGGGAUGCCAUUCCCAGGGCAGCCACCUCCUUUGUCCUGGAGCCCUUCAAUGGCUUGGAACUCCUCCGUCUCAGACCCAGCUUCAACAGGGUGGCUCAGGGCUGGGUACGCAAUCUCCCAGAGUCUGAUGAGCUGUAGGCCCAGCCUGAAGCUUGGUUCCCCAGAAUUGGGGCUCAGGUAACAUCUGGAGCCAAGACUUUUGGACAGCACUUUACAGUUUAUAAAGAGUCUUCAUACACAAACCAUUGUUGCAAAUGGCCUUGAAGGUCACAAAGUUUAGUAGAAUCCAAAUGCAGAUAUGCUUCCUGAAACAGAUUUCCGGUCUGCCUCCCACUGGCAGCAUCAGAACCUCCUGCACUGGGGCGUCUGUUACUAACCAGGUGAUUCCAGUGUCACCUGUCCAUGGUUUGUCUUGCACCUCAUCUGAAGGGCGCAAAGUAGGGCACUUGCAAGGAAUCCUUCCCAUCCUCCAUGCUGAGCAGGCCCCAUGGUACAAGUGAUGAUGAAGAUGGUGUUGGUGGUGGUGGCAGCAGCUGCAUUCUAGUUAGUGUCCCAGUGCUCGGGCUGGCAGUAGGCUCUCUAUAUAUUCUAUUCCUCAUUCUCAAUGUGACUGCAUGAUACUUUUCUCCCUACUUACGGAUAUGGAUAUCCAGGUUCCGAGGAAAGAAAUGAUUUGUCUUGGGCAGUCAAAAUGACUGGUUGAGGGGAUGAAUAUUUCUACCAUCCUGGGGGUCCAAACCAAUGCCCACUCACCCUACAAUCACUGAUGUUGGUGCUCUGCCUUGCAGUGUAGAGGUUAAGAGUGGAAGCUGGGGUAUCAGAUGGGCUGGGUUGUAAUUCUACCACUUUAAGGAAGCCAUUUGACUUGAAGCCACGUGACUUUGAGGAAGUCAUUCCCCAUCUUGAUCCUGUUUCUCCAUCUGUAAGAUGAGAUAAACGCAGAAGCUCUUUAUAGGGCUGUUGUGAGUUCAGUGAGUACAUUCAUAAGGGCCCAGUGUUAGGCUUCUUGCAGCCACUACUUAUGCCUGGAACAGAUGUUCUUGCAGUGGAUACAGCCUGAGAAGCAAGCUCCUGGGAUGCCAUUGGGUUCAGAAAAGCUUGCGCGGAAGGAAAGUGGCUCAUCACUGUAGCACGCUCUUUGGACAAGAAUUUCCCCGACCUUGCCUCCCUCUACCGCCUCGACUCCGGGCUGGGUGGAACAGUGGUUACAUUUUCUUUUUGCUCCAAAGUUUCUCUUCCCAUCUGGGUCUUGGGGCCAGUAGCCAGUCUCUUAGGAUUGCUUGUAAUUGAUGUGUUCUCUUGAAUUUGGGGGCUGUUGUUUAAAGCCAGGUUUCUGUGAGCUGAGGAACAUUAGAUUAGUGUCUGGAAAGUAGAAGAGUGGGCUUGGAAUGGCUUGAGUUGGUUCUGCAGUGCUCUGGAAGGUAACCCCAGCUACCACACACAGAAGAGAGCCUGGGGAAGAGGGGAGAUGCUAGUACCCAGAAGUGGAUCCUCCUUCCUUUUUUCUUCUGAUCAUCUGACUUUGCUGAUGUUAAAAAAAAAUGAGAAAUAAAAUGUGAAAGUAUCUGCCCAACACAACUCCUUAUUCAUAUCCUUACACCUUCCCACCCUCCUGCAUUCCGCUUCAUUUCUGUGUACCAGCGGUAGCCAUGAGUGAUGGAAUUCUGUGACUGUGUACAUGUAUACAGGUGCCUGAGUACAUAGGUAUGUCUUUGUGUCAAUGAAAUUGCACCAUAUGUACUGUCCUUCAUUCAGCAAAUAAAAUUCUGAUCCUGAAAAGGCAAGUAA